UGGACUCCUGCUUUGCAGCAGGAAUUUGAGCGCAGGAUUCUUCGGCUCACCGUCUCUGCUGGGCUCCCGUUUUCUUGGGCAGACAAUCCAGAGUGGCAGGCGUUCUGUCAUAAAUUUAUUCCAGCUGCAAAACUUCCCUCUCAGCGAACUCUUUCUCGGCGCCUUUUACCAGAGGCUGUGGCUGAGGGUCGUGCAUCAAUACGGGCAGCUGCUCAAGGGCACGAAGCCACUUUACAGGCGGACGGUUGGACCGGCUUGAAUAGCCACCAUCUCAUCGCUUUCAUGAUAACAGUAAAUAAUCAGGUACAUACAGUGCAGGUGGACGAUGUUUCCGCCGAACGGAAAACAGCGGACAACCUUCUGGAUCGCCUGCAGGCAGUUAUUGACAAAGUAAAUACUGAGUGGAAGGCUCCGAUAAUCGCUGUAGUUACAGAUGCAUCGGGAGAAUCACGAAAAGCACGUAGAUUACUUGGAGAACGGCAUCCCGAGCUUAUGGUGCUUGAUUGUUAUGCGCACCAG